GGACUCUGCUGAGGGGAGAGAACAUGUCAACCCUACCUUACAUAUUACCCUGAGUUCUCCCGGAGGCGACCAUGGACUCCCUUUCCAGGAUCUAGCCAUUUCAACGCUGAGCCCUUGACUGAACGAAGGCUAAGCAGGCUGAGUUGAAGAUCCCUCUCAUCUGCCAGGUGCCAAGGACAAUGACCAGCCAGGGCAAUAAAAGGACAACGAAAGAAGGAUUUGGUGAUCUGAGAUUCCAAAACGUCUCUCUGCUGAAAAAUAGGUCAUGGCCACGCCUCAGCAGUACCAAAGGGCGGUGUUGGGCGGUUCUGGAACCACUUCCGGAUCACAGAAGAAACUUGGCUGUCGUCCCAGAUGGAGAAAAAUGCAGCAGUAACAAUGACUAUGAAGAUCCUGAGCUCCAGCUGCUAAAGGCAUGGCCAUCGAUGAAAAUUCUACCAGCCAGACCUAUCCAGGAAUCAGAAUAUGCAGAUACACGCUAUUUCAAGGAUACAAUGGAAGCUCCACUUCUAUUACCUCCCAAGGCUUCUGUCUCCAAGGAGAGGCAAACCAGGGAUGUAGGGAUGAAGCAGCAGGAAGAAGUGGACAAGCCUACCUCCAAAGAUGUCAGAAGCCAACACUUUAAAGGAUUCAAAUACACAAAUAUGAACAAGAUUCCUUUGCCACCUCCUCGGCCUGCCACCACUCUCCCCAAGAAGUACCAACCCUUACCCCCAACACCACCAGAGGAGGACAGUACACUCUUCCCUCCAAAACCUACCUUUCCAGAAGUCCAGAGGGGGCCCAGGCAGAGAAGCUCAAAAGACUUCAGUAAGGUCCUUGGAGCAGAAGAAGAGUUUCAUCACCAGGCAAAGCCAGAGUCUUUUUGCCCGUCACCAAGGCAAAACACUCAGAAGAGUCCACCUACCAUUGCCAGCUCUUCCUACAUGCCAGGAAAGUACAGCAUACAAGCCAGAGACCAUACAAGUUUCAUGCAACACCGUCCUCCUCAGAGAUGCCAUGCUGCAGCCAGCCACAGCCCUCGUAUGCUGCCCUAUGAAAACACAAACUCAGAGAAACCUGUCCCUACAGAGCCCGAUGAGAAGGAUGUCUGGCAGAAUGAAUGGUACAUUGGAGAAUACAGUCGUCAGGCAGUGGAAGACGUGUUAAUGAAAGAGAACAAGGAUGGUACUUUUUUGGUCCGAGAUUGUUCCACAAAAUCCAAGACAGAACCAUAUGUUUUGGUGGUAUUUUAUGGGAACAAGGUCUACAAUGUGAAAAUCCGUUUCCUCGAGAGCAAUCAGCAGUUUGCCCUGGGUACAGGACUCAGAGGAAAUGAGAUGUUUGAUUCUGUGGAAGACAUCAUUGAACACCACACGUAUUUUCCCAUUUUGCUAAUAGAUGGCAAAGACAAGACUGCACGCAGGGAACAGUGCUACCUCACCCAGCCACUGCCUCUCGCCAGGCUCCUUCUGACUCAGUACUCCAGCCAGGCUCUCCAUGAAAAUUCAAUUACAGGGAAGAGGAGUGGUGUGAGGAACAAGAGCCCUUAUGAAUACCAGCUUGAAAACAGACAGCAGAAAUAUGUGCACUAUGAUGUGAAGUGGCCACAGGCCCAGACUUUGGCCUCCUCUGUGAACCGUGACAUCAAUGGAACUAGCAGACCCAUAGCAAGGAACUCUGAGGAUCCUGGCUCAUCCCAAGCAUAAGGCAAGCGUUCAUUUGAGGAACAGUGAAGAUAUUUUUAAUAGUUUAAUGAUGCAUUUCCAUUCAAGGGAAGAAAAGAGCUUUCCUCAAACAAGUACUGGUCCUUACAGCAGCACAGCACAUGGUGAUGCUGUUUCUUCUCAGGCAAAGAGGAUUUGUAUGUAUUCCUACUUCCUAACACACAUGCAGCAGUGGACACUCAAAGAAGUUACUGAUGUCUUUUAGUGUAAGAAGCAAGCCCAGACUGCAAGCCAUUUUGCCUGUUCCAUGUCACUGCAUCAUCCCAGUUAGAUCCACCACUCUGGGAUGUUUACAUUGAACUAGGGCAUGGAGAAACAGAGGGAGGGAAGGAGGGAAGGAGAGAAGGAGGGACAGAUGGAUGGAGAAAAGCAAGAGUAGAGGGGGGGAGAGGCUUUAAAAAUGCAUAUUUAUCCACUAUAAAUUCUUAUACUACAGUAAGUUCACCAAAAUGAAAUAAAUAGGUAUACCAUAUGCCAUGAUUUCAGUUAUUACCAAAUGCCACAUGUAAAAUUCAUGGAGCACUAAUGCAAUUUGAGUUUUCAUGAAGGAAUAAAACCAGACAGAAGGCAGGAUAUGUAGCUAGGUUGGUAGAAUGCAUUCCUAACCCUAGGUUAAAUCUCCAGCCUUGUAUAAAAUUGAGUGCAUUGGUACAUGCCUAUAAUCUUAGCACAUGGGAGGUAAAGACAGGAGGGUCAGACUCUCAAAAUCAUCCUUGGCUACAUAGCAAGUUAAAGGCCACCCUGGAUUACAAAAGACAAUGGGGGCGGGGGAGACAGAGACAGUCAGAGAGACAGAGACAGUCAGACAGGAAAACAGAGACAAAGGCAAAAAUCAAAUGAAAAGAGAACAAGCAAUCCCUGGCAUUGUCUCUUCUGUAAAAUGGCAGACAAAGUACUCUCUUGGAAGGGUUCUUGGCAUCUACCCACAGACACCUGCUUAGUGUUCUUCUUUACAAGGCCAAGGGCAUGCAAUGCAUCAGAUAGAUGAGCUGACAGCAAAGCACCUCCUAAAGCUGGACAAAGAGGAGUGAGCAGAGGAAAUGGGACUAUGUUUGUGCUACCACCUGCCAAAGGGGGUGAAGGACGGAAGAAACCAUGCAAGCCUGAACCACAUCUCUGGAGUCCCAUCCAUGCGGUCCUAUGAUCCCGAUCAGUUUGUCUAUAGACUCAUGCUCAGCAGAAAGAGCCAGGAUCUGCUGCCUCUCUAUGCCAACUCAUUGACUGACUAUCUGAACUUUGAGUUCUGUGGCAGACUCAGAAAGGACUUGUCCACUGAGUUGCUGGUCAACAUCCCUGCGUUUACUAUUUCAGUGUCUGUUACAAUAAGAGUAUUUUGCUUGCAAUAGAUAGCUAAAGGAUAGCAUAUGAAAAAUUAAACGUAUUUUAUUCUCACGAUAGAUACUUCUGACACUUUGGCUAGAUCUUAAUGACGAUGUAUUUGUGACAAAAGCAGGAGCUAGGAAGCACAGUUUUUCUGUACUCCAUUUCUUGUUUUUAUUGGAUCACUGGAUGGAAAUUCAGUGGUGGGUCGCACGCUAGAGUGUUUUUAACCUGUCCAACUCUUAACUCAUUUUCCAUUUUUAAAAUGUCACUUGAUGCCUAGCUGAAACACGAUGGUGGGAUUUCAGCUUCAUCUGAUUAUGGCAUCUGUGUAUCCCAGAGAUUUGUUUUGGACUGCAUAUCCAUACAGAGUUCACAUAUCCAUCUGUCUCGUCCGGUUAUCAUGCAGAAUUGUCACAGCCCCUGCUGCAUGCUGUCGUCCUUGUUGCUAGGUGCUGCUGUAGAUGCUGGAAGCAGUGGAGUGAGUGAGAGGCACAGACCAGUAAGUGCUCCAGUAAAUAGGUAAUCCAGGUUGCUUCCCUUUCCUCUUCUGUAGCUCUGUGUUAAUAGAACACUGAGAUCUUUGGGGUAAGGAUAAUGUUUAAAAAUUUUAAAAACUCCUUUAAUGUAACUUCAAAAAGUCCUGAAAUCAGAAAAUAUUUCACCAACUAAGUUGAGAAGAGGCUUUUCUUCCAGGAGAGAAAGGUUGGGGGUAGGGGCAGGGAGGAGAAAGCAACUGAUUAAACUACAUUAUAUCCAUAAGCAAUUUAAUCCAUUCUAAUUACGAUGAAAAAGUCAAACUUAACUCAUUGUCAGAUACAGUUAUUACUGUGUGUGGACACAGGCAAUUUGUAAAGACGGCCUAUAUUAUAUAUGACUCACAUUAUGAUCAUACAUCUAUUGUUUAAACCUUUAGAGUAUGCGUUCCAGCUAAGCAUUUCUGUCUUUGACUAUUUGGAGUUUACAGAUUGUUAACUUAAACAAAAGCAAAUCCAUAACUUGAUGUUCUUACCCGUAACUGAGAGGUGGAGAGCGGAACUCAAAGCAUAGUUUAUUUUUCUUUGUUUCACGAGUUAUUGCCCCUAAAGCACUUUGGAAAUCGUAUCAGGGCAAAGUUAAGAAAUAUAUUUAGAAUAGUUAUUAUCGUGUGAGUAGAAUCCUAGAUUCUAGGAAUAAAGAUGAGAAAGACAUAAGCCAUGUGAUUCAUAGCUCAGAGGCAGGGAAAUUGUUGUCCAACUCUCCAAAAAAGGAAAAAAGGAAAAGCACAAGGAUAAUCAAAGAGGAUGGGUAGACUGGGAAUUUGACCUGCUAAUAGGAGUAUCAAAGGGUCCAAUCAGUAUAGACGACACUAGAGUUUCCUCAAAAACUAAAAGGAGACAUAAUUAUAGACUUGGCAGGCCAUGCCUAAGUUCCUGUCUGGAAGUAUUGACAAGAGAACCUUGAAGAACUGUCUGCACGUAUGUGCUUAUUGUAAAAUUGUUUAAAACACCCAAGAUUUAAAAAAAAAAGUCAGACUAAUCCUUCAUCACUGGAUAAAAACAUGUGUUACACAUCCUCACAAGGAAGUACUGUACGGCUGUAAUAAAGAAGCUUGCCUAUAGGUGACAAUAUGGAAUGAAAUGGGUGAAUAGUAUAUACAUCAAUGUAAAAUAAAACUCUCAUUGUAGUAGAUGAA